CCUCUCUACUCUUGAAUCUUGAUUAUCUGUAUCCCAUCUAUCCGCUCUAUUCUGUUUAGAUUAUAUCUUCUUUACUUUCCCAACUUUUGCUCCCAUUUUCUGUUACCUCAUUCUCAAAUUAAAAAAAUGUCUUGCUGUGGUGGAAACUGUGGUUGUGGAUCUUCCUGCCAGUGUGGCAACGGCUGCGGAGGGUGCAAGAUGUUCCCAAACUUUGGCGAGAACUCUUCCAAGCCCACUAUUCACAUCUACGGUGUUGCUCCCAAGAUCUCCUGCCGGUUUUCUUCCUCUCCAUUGCAUUGCCGUCGCCGGUUUCAGGUUAGUCCUGCACAACCGCCGCACCUUCAUCUCCAUUGCGUUGCCGUCGCCGGUUUCAGGUUAGCACCUUCACCUCUUGCACAACUGCCGACCAUCAUCCAACCACCUGCACAACCGCCGCACCACGCCGACCCACAGCAGAUGGCUUCUUCUAGCGGGCAAGGUAGAGCUUCAGGAAGCCAGCGUACUCCACAUCUGGCAAAUGAUACUGAGGGCGAGAAUCCUCCAUCGAAUUCUGAUAUUGUCACCACAGAGGAGCAAGGUGAAGGCGAGCAUUCUGCAAGCAAUCAGUUGGACCCUAAUACGCUAUGGUUUGACAAUAACAAAGUCACUCGAUCUAUUACGGAAUGUUUCAAAGAGCACUACGUUGAGCCAUGUAGAAAUUGGACUGAAACAAGUCAAUCAACAAAAGAUCAUUGGUUUAAUCUUUUCAAGCAUAAAUACUCUUGGCGCUCGGAGUUGGAUUCGCAAGUAAGACAAGGUUUUCAACGCAAAGCAGCUAAAAGACUCAAAGACAUGCAUCAUUGGGUGACAUUGAAGAGAAAAGGUGUAAGACCAAUAUGGAUGCCGGAGGAAAUACACCAACAACUUAUACAAAAAACAAAAGAGGAUGAGUUUAAGAAAAAAUCUGAACAAGCAAAAAAGAACAAGAGAGGAGGAUCGCUGGAAGGUGUUGUGGAACCUGGACAUUGUCAAGGUUCAAUUUCUACAGCCGAGUAUGCAAAAAGGAUGGCUGCAAAAAAAUGGAGGAGUAUUGCCAAAAGCUGCUGAUAUUUAUUUGGAGACGCAUUCAAAGGAACGACAACCCGGCCAAGGCAAGCAACUCAUUGGCUCCAAAUCAAAACAAAUCAUGGAUAAUUAUAAUAAGAAAUUGGAUGAUUAUAGAGAGAAGGGAGUCAACAAAGAUCCCAAUGAAGUGUACUUUGAGACAGUGGGUGGGAGGAAAAAAGGAUUGAUUCCUGGCUUAGGUACAAGCGGUGAUCUUCUUUACAAAAAAUCAUCAACCCGCACUAGUAGCUCUUCUAGUGUCUACACACCUUCUAUGCUUUCUCAACUUUCAACUACCAUGGAGCAAUAUCAGCAACAAUUAGCAGAUCAGAUAGCUGAAUUUCAGAGGCAAAAAAAAUGAGUGGGAGACAUAUCGUCUCCAAACGGAAAAGGAAAGGGAAGAGGCAAAAAAAUACAUGGAGGAGAUGAAGACUACAAUGGAAGAGUAUUCUCAAAUGAUGACUCAGUGUGGAGGUACUUUCCCUUUCACCCAACCACGUGACCCACGUGAUCUUUCUGGUGGUGGAUCGGAAUUUCCUUGUAGUACUUAGACUUAUAGUUUUUUAUUAGUAUAUUAUAUAUUUUGAGAAAAAUGAUGUUUAAUUUUGGUUGUUGGAAUUACUAUUACAUCUAUAUUUUGGAGAAUAUGAUGUUUAAUAUAUGUUGUAACAAACCUAUUUUUUUGAUAUAAAAUGGAGGUGUAGUUUA